CUGUGCUCUAUUUUCCACAUUCUCAUACCAAGGGUUUUUUUUUUGUUCUUUGUGAUCACACGUGGCUGGUUGUCGCUCUGGCCAAAGUCCUCCCGCUACUGCUACCUCUUGGUCCCGGCGUGGCCCUUUCCGCCCCGAGUCUUGUUGCUAGAGCGUCAAACUCGUCGUGUCCCUUCAGCACAAAAGCAAAACAAAAACGCAGGUCACGGAAAAUCAAAUAACUCUGGAAUGACCGUUGUGAGUAGUUUGGCAGGUAGCGCGUCGGCCGCCGCGGACGUGGCCGUGCGCAGGCCCGCCGCUCCCGAGCCCAGCUGGCUGGAGCAUCAACACACAUCUCGGGAUCACCUACACAGGCUCGCGCAACGGGAGGUCGCGCAGGCAACGUCAGGAGUCGGCAUGGCUGCCCCAAGCCAGCUCAACGUCGGCCGAUCCCGAUGGUCGUUCAGCGGCCACAACCGCCGUGCUGCAUGGUCUCUGUGUCUUGGCGGCAGCUGCAUCAUGAUGCUAUUGCUGUGUGCGGCGCUUUUCUACUCGCCGGGCCACCUGGACGGUCGCAACACAACCCCUGUUCUCACGCCGGACACGCGAGCCCGCAGGAAUUUGGACCACUACUUUCGCAGCAUCAAGGUCACACCCACCGUCGGUCCUGCCGCCCAACAGCCUGCCACCAAUCUGCGAGCGCGCGUCCGUGCCAGCCUAAGUGCAGCGGCCCAAACUGGCAAACCCACUCAAGAAAUUCCAGCCUUGAUGGGCGAUCAACUCGACACUGGCCUGCGCCUCGCACUCACUUCUGCCGAAGUCGCCGAAUGGGCUGUGAAUGAGCGUUGGCGAGCAAUAGAGCAGUCCGAUCGCGGCGACGACGACGGCGGCGGUUCCGCGCGCCCAAUCAUGUGCUCGGCUGGAUUCAUCCCACAUCCACUGACAUUGCACACGAGCGUCGUUGCCAAGGAGACUGGUCGCAUUCUGCUCAAAGCUCUUGAUCAUGGUGCGCCAGCACCGUCAGCGGCAACGCGGCCCAACUACAUUUGCCGUGCUUGCCCGCCGCACACCUUCGCGCUGCCUGGGAUGCUGGCCUGCCGACCGUUCUUGACGUGUUCUGAUCUUGCGCUCGACGGUCCCAACGCGAUUGUCUCAGAGACGCGGCGCAUUACGAAUGGAGGCGUCAAGCACAUCAAGCAAGGCGUGCUCCGUCUUCCACCGCUCGUUGUGGACGGCACGACUCUGAAUCCUACAGAAAAGCUCACUCACACAGUCAUGAUUGCAACCGCCAUCGUUGCCGACGACUUUGAACACGGCUUCUCCAUGCUGACACAGCUAUCGCCGCACCCGCACAUCACGCAACCCGUUGGCUACUGCGACUCGGUCGAGUCCAUCCUGUCUGUGACGGAAUGGGUCACGCACGGGGCUGCAUCCCACGUCGAUGCGCUUCUGGCCACUUCCGCUGGAACACCCGCCUUACCUGCCUCCUUUGGAGACCUAGAUUUGUUGCGGACGCGUCUGCGACUGGCGCAAGAGUAUGUGCGCGUCUUGGGCUACCUGCACAACAGUCCACUUGGUGUUCGCGUCAUGUGCGACGGCAACACUCCAAUCAAGGCGUUGUCUCAGUACUUGAUCUCGGAAGACGGCACCCUCAAAGCAAACGACCUUGAUGCUUUGCCGCAAGUGAUUUAUGCUGACGGCACGCGUGGCGCGGUUCUUCGAGGAGUCAAAUGCGGUCAUCGCGAGUUGUCAGGUCAAUUCGUGGCGCCAGAGCAAAAGUGGCCGUUUUCAACCCCAUUUUUGGACGAGCUCAUGCCGGCAUACACCGAGAAGACAGACAUCUGGAAACUUCCAGAGAUUGUACAAGUGCUCUUCCCCUAUCUACAAAGUUGUGAGGCUGCUGCAGCCGAACACAAAGCCGUCCGUCCGAGCGGCUUGAGCUGCACUCCUGCCGUGCAGGAGGCUUUCCGUCACAUUGACCGAUUAUUCAGUCGCUGCAAGCACGCUCAUCCAAGGCAACGGCCGCCAGCGAGUGAGCUUCUCCAAGCGUUUGAUACUGCGCUGCUUGCCGUCAACAGCAGCCCAUCAAACUCGUCUUGAGAAAAAAAAAAAACCAUAGUUCUUUUAAGGAUGGCGAUGCAUCCCGAAAGGGUCGUUCGUCUUUCGAUUUAUUCUAUUCUGCAUCAGAUUUGUAACACAAUCACAUGAUUUACAUUAACAUUCAAAGUGUGGCGGAAGCUGUGAGGCGAUUGCCGAAUAAAUAUUGUAUUAGAG